AUGACGGCACAGAACAGAAGAUUGAAAUCACACCGCGUGCUGCAGAUCGUUUUGCAACAACUCCGCAAGAAAGAAAACAAUCCUAAUCUUGCUCUUCGAGUCGAAGUCCAGUCGGGAGGUUGCCAUGGGUUCCAAUAUGUGAUGUCUCUGUGCGACCUCCCCGCCAAUAUAUCCCGAGAUCUCUUCUCAAAGGAUGCUGUCCAAGAAGAAUCUUCGCCUGCUCUAAAUACUUCAUCCACAGAUCCAAAUGCUAUGCCUACAUCAUCUACUCCCUCGAAAUCAAAUAAUCCGACCACGUUGGAUCUUCGCGAAGAUGAUACAGUAUUCAGCUAUAUCAGUGACCAAUCCCACGCUAGUGUAGUCAUGGACGUGUUCAGUCUCGAUGCCUUGAAGGGUAGCAGAAUAGAUUACGAAGUCAAGUUGAUCGGUUCCGAGUUCAAGAUUGUUGACAACCCGGCCGCGACUAGCAGUUGUGGUUGCGGAACAAGCUUCGACAUCAAGUUUUGA